AUGGCGGGCAUGACGCUUCUCGCGGGAUUCUGUCUCGUGCUGUGCGCCGUGAAGAGUGCCGUGAGUGGAAAUUCCUCCCAGCACUUCAGCGAUGUCCAAGAGGAGGAUGCGAGGCGGUGGUUUCGCCUCAUGGACGCCGAGCUGAAGUCCCUCAACAAGCACACAUCGAUCAUCGCUUGGGAGCUGAGCGUUAAUCCCUCCGAGAGCCUUGGCGAGGAGGGAGUUCUGCUGAACGGCAUCCGAACAAAGUGGCAGGAGGAAAAGUGCGACGAAGCUCUGGUUUUGCUGGCGUCGUCGACGGAGCCAAAAAUGCGCCGAGCGGUGAAUCUGCUGUGCCGCGGCCCCAGAUUCUCGCCGGAUGAGACGCAAGUGCUAUCCAGGGUGAUUGCGGACAUGCAGGACACGUACACGGACACGCAGAUCUGCCUGCCGAAGGACGUGAACGCGUGUUUGAGGGCAGAUUCGCUCUGGGAUUUCACCUUCGUGCGUGCGCCCGCGGACGGGGGCUUCUUCUGGCUGAAUCUGAGGGACUUUAUAGAGGGAGAGGCAGUCGCCAAGGCGUCCGACUACUUCGCCAUCAUCCCUCCGGACACGCGCUUCGCCUGCUUCGACGGGGAACCGGAUCUCGAGAGAGUGAUGACGGGCGACUUCAGCGUUCUCGGGUGUCAGCCGACGCGUCCGGAGAUUAUCUAUCACUGGGCGUGGGAGGCGUGGCGCAUGGCGGUGGGAGUCUCCAUUGGCAACAUCUAUCCCUCGGCGGUGGCGCUCAUGAACCGCGGCGCCAGGAAAGGCGGCUAUCGCGACAUGGGCGAAGUGUGGCGCGAGGAGUUGGAGGUGGACAACCUGGAGGAGGUCAUGUGGCACCUCUGGGAAGACGUGAAGCCCUUCUACAGUCUCUUGCACGCCGUGGUGAGGCACUUCCUGCGGCAAGAGUACCGGAUCCAGGGCUUCAGCCAGCACGGAAAGAUCCCGGCGCACAUCCUGGGCAACAUGUGGUCACAGAACUGGGCGUCUCUGCACAAACUGCUGAUGCCUGACGUGAAGCUGGAUCUGGAGGCAAAUAUCCGGGCGACGAACUGGACGGCACUCGACAUGGUGGCUCACGCUGAGGACUUCUUCACGUCCCUCGGCCUCCGGAAGAUGACGCACAAGUUCUGGCGCUACUCGCAGUUCGAGAAGAACAACACGACGCGAUGCCACGGAACGGCGGCCAAUAUGUUCAUGCCGGACGAUUACAGGAUGAUCGUGUGCUCAGAGAAGAGUCUCGAGGAUUUGUACGUGAUUCACCACGAAUUCGGGCAUCUGGCGUACUAUUCAGCGUACAGGAAUCAGCCGACAAUCUUCCAGGACGGAACCAAUUCGGCAUUCCAGGAAGCCGUCGGCGACGCUCUCUUCAACGGCGUCAUGACGCCGCAGCAUCUCAACAGAAUGUCUCUGCUGCCCGAUGAGUUUCUCCUGCCCAACAACAACUCCAUGUCCUUCAGACACUUGGAGGCCUUCAAUAACUCCCGCAAUCCUCCAAGAGAGUCCCAGAUUCACAACAUCUACGACAUUUCCAUCCUGCUGCGCGUCGCUCUGGCCAAAAUCCCGCAGAUUCCCUUCGAGUACAUCGUCGACGUGUUCCGCUGGAGCCUCUUCCGCGGCGACGUGGACUUCGAGGACGCCAAUGAUUACUUCUGGGCCCUCAGCGAACUUCACCAAGGCAUCCAAGCGCCAGGACGCGCCGACAGACGCAAGAUGUUCGACGCCGGAGCGAAGUUUCACGUGGCCGACAACACGCCGUACGUGCGCUACUUCCUCGCCAGCAUCAUCCAGAUGCAGAUCUUCAAGGGACUCUGCCAAGAGACCGUCUUUGACCGCGUGCGUCCCGACGAACCGCUACCAAUGCCGCUGCAUCGCUGCGACAUCUACGGCUCAAAGAGAGCAGGAAGGAUUCUCAGGAAAUCUCUCUCGUUGGGAGCUUCUGUGCACUGGACAACAGUGAUGGAAAUCCUCACGGGAUCCAGGAAGAUCUCAGCCAAGCCUCUGCUGGAGUACUACAAACCGCUGAUCGACUGGCUGCACCACACAAUUGACAAACUCAACAUUCCCGUCGGAUGGUAAC